GGGAACAAGACUGAGAGAGGAAGGAAAAGAGAGAGAGAGAGAGAGAGAGAGGAGGAGGAGGAGAGAGAGAGAGAGAGAGGAGAGCCAAGUUUAAGAACUUCCAGCCAGUGAGAGUGAAGAGAAAAGAAGGAAGGCGACGCUGAUCCUGGAGGAAAGGAAACACUCCCACAACAGAACUGCCCCCGUCACAGAACUGCCCCCGUCACUGGCGUAGGGUGGGGCGGCAGACUGCAGACAUGUACCUCUCGGCCAGCGAAGACUCCGACGGGGGCUCAGCAGACUCGUACACCAGCCGUCCGUCUGACUCUGAUGUGUCUCUAGAAGAGGACAAAGAUGCACUGAGACAAGCUGAGACUCAGCUAGACAACGCCCAGAGUAAGCCUGUGGCGUUUGCAGUGCGCACUAAUGUCAACUACUCUCCUGCCCUGGAGGACCACGUCCCUGUGCCAGGAAUGGCUGUUGCAUUUGAAGCCAAAGACUUUCUCCAUGUCAAAGAGAAGUUUAAUAAUGACUGGUGGAUUGGCCGCCUGGUGAAGGAGGGGUGUGAGGUGGGCUUCAUCCCGAGUCCCGUCAGGCUAGAGACCAGCCGACUACAGCAGGAGCAGAGAGCCAAGCAGAGCAGAUUCAGAUCUAUGGCCAACUCCUCCUCUAGCUUAGGGGACAUCAUUCCAAGCUCCAGAAAAUCGACCCCUCCUUCAUCUGCCCUGGACAUAGAUGUCACAGAGUUAGAGUUAGAAGAGAUUGAUGCCCCGCCCCCCCAGCGCUCCCCGAAGGCCAAUUCAAACUCAGCCCCGCCCCUUUUAGCCAGAGAAAAACGAAUGCCCUUCUUUAAGAAGUCAGAGCACAUUCCUCCUUAUGAUGUUGUUCCUUCCAUGAGACCGGUGGUGCUGGUGGGGCCGUCGCUCAAAGGCUACGAGGUAACGGACAUGAUGCAGAAAGCCCUUUUUGACUUUUUAAAACACAGAUUUGAAGGACGGAUCUCAAUCACUCGUGUGACUGCAGAUAUCUCUCUUGCAAAGCGUUCAGUUCUGAACAACCCUAGCAAACAAGCCAUCAUAGAACGCUCAACCACACGCUCUAAUCUGGCUGAGGUGCAGAGCGAGGUAGAGCGCAUCUUUGAGCUGGCGAGGACCCUGCAGCUGGUGGUUCUUGAUGCUGACACCAUAAACCACCCAACUCAACUAGGGAAGACCUCACUGGCCCCCAUCCUAGUGUACGUCAAGAUCUCCUCUCCAAAGGUUCUGACGAGGCUGAUUAAGUCUCGUGGAAAGUCCCAAGCCAAACAUCUUAACGUCCAGAUGGUUGCAGCUGACAAACUAGCCCAGUGCCCCACAGUGAGUGCCAUGGAGAUGUUUGACAUCAUCCUGGAUGAAAACCAGCUGGAGGACGCGUGUGAGCACAUGGCCGACUAUCUGGAAGCUUAUUGGAAGUCUACUCACCCAUCCAGCGAGGCAACAACCAAUCAGCUGUCUGAAACACAGGACACUCCCCCUGCCCUGCCUUCUACCCCUCUGGGAAUUCGAAGAGAGGGGAACAGUGCUGGCCCAGAGGAGGAGAGGAAGGAUCACCAUCAUCAUCAUCAUCAUCAUCGCCAGUCACAGAAGGAAGAAAAGCAACAGCAGGGAGAACAGCCACUCCGGAGGGCUGAGAGCGGCCGCCGCAGCGCACACACACACACACACACACACACACACCACCACUCAUUCUCAGCACGGACUGAACACCAGCGCCACAGCAGAGCACGGGGCCAAGGACGUCUGUCUCGGCAGAACACACCGGAGAGCCAGGACUCACACACACACUCUGUCACACACACGUCACACUCUGUCACACACACGUCACACUCUGUCACACACACGUGGCCCGAGCCACCUGAGGAGGAAGAGGAGGAAGAGGAGGAGGAGGAGGAGGACCGGCGCCAGACCAGUCGUCAUGACCACCACCAUCAUCGUCACCAUGACAACGUGGGGGCGCUCCCACUCAUCCCAUGAGGAGGAGCAUCUUUACAGACUCAACACACUCUCAUGUCGUCAUGGAUACGGAACACACUGAACACUCUCUCAUGUCGUCAUGGACACUCAACACACUGAACACACUCUCAUGUCGUCAUGGAAACUCAACACACUGAACACACUCUCAUGUCGUCAUGGACACUUCACACACUUCCUCUACGCACACUUUACUCUCGUCAUGGACACUUCACACACUGAACACACUCUCAUGUCGUCAUGACAACUCUAAGGGCCCUUUUUUGACAUCCUGCAGAGCGAGCAGUAAAAGCCUUAAGUGGGCAGAGCCAGGCCAAAGUCAAUUAGUGAAAGGUUUAAUUAAUGUAAAGUUUAAUUAGUGAAAGGUUUAAUUAAUGUAUAGUUGAAUUAAUGUCGUUUAAUUAGUGAAAGGUUUAAUUAAUGUAUAGUUGAAUUAAUGUAUAGUUUAAUUAGUGAAAGGUAUAGUUUCAUUCAUGUAUAGUUUAAUUAGUGAAAGGUUUUUGUGAAAGCUGACCAAUAGCAUUGUUGAGCAAUCCCUUUGAACUGAACGAUGACUCUCAGAUGCGAUUACAAUGUAAGAAGACAUCGCCGUGGGGCAUAAUUAGUCCAUAUCACCGUGGGGCAUAAUUAGUCCAUAUCACCGUGGGGCAUAAUUAGGCCAUAUCACCGUGGGCAUAAUUAGUCCAUAUCACCGUGGGGCACAAUUAGGCCAUAAUUAGUCCAUAUCACCGUGGGGCAUAAUUAGGCCAUAAUUAGUCCAUAUCACCGUGGGCAUAAUUAGUCCAUAUCACCGUGGGCAUAAUUAGUCCAUAUCACCGUGGGCAUAAUUAGGCCAUAUCACCGUGGGCAUAAUUAGGCCAUAUCACCGUGGGCAUAAUUAGUCCAUAUCGCCGUGGGGCACAAUAAGGCUGUGGGUUCUGGACAGUGUUCGCCAAGAACGCUUUCAAAAGGAAUCAUUGGAGAUCAUAAUAAGUCACACACACCCUCUCACACACACACCAUUCCCUAGCCUAUCGUACUGUACUAGUUAGAUUCUGUCCAUAGUCACCCUGUUGGCCGUGGCCCUGUCUCAUUAUCAGUGCCCAAUCCCAACAACACCCUCUCACACACACACACACACACACACACACACAUCUCAUUAUCAGUGCAGAAUCCUUAUCUUCAUCACAACUGGUAAUAUUACAGGACAGGGUUAGGGUUAGGGUCAGGGGUUAGGAUCUAACCCACGGGACAGUGCACCCCCUCUGUUAAAACAGGUCUGCUAAUAUGUUCAUGAGACUGAUAUGACUAGCCGGGGCCCUGUGGGUGAGGGCGUGGCCCUGUGGGGGAGGGCGUGGCCAUGUGGCGAGGGCGUGGCCCUGUGGGUGAGGGCAUGGCCAUGUGGGUGAAGUGGUAACUGCCCCUCUGGUUCACUACAGACUCCUCCUCUAACUGGAUGCUAUUGUUGUACACUCAGGUAGCACACACUUAUUCACACACACACACAUUCACACGCACACACACACACACACAGGGGCCAGGGUUCGGUGGUCCAGACUGUUUCUAAAUGGGGGGUGGGGGGGGUUCUUUCUUUUUCUUGUUAAGUUUGUACGCAUUUGUAUAUACUACAUAAGUCCAUGAUGUGUCAAAUGCAGAUAAAUAUAUAUUCCUACUAAUUAUAAUUUAUUGAAAUUG